AUGUCAUCUGAUAAAGAGUUUGGAAAUAACCAUGCUAACAGUGGGCCAGCUAGAUGUUUAGAGUUGACUUCACAAGCACAUGGUGAAUUCACGGAUGUUGCAGUUGGAGGUGCAAAAGAGGCAAGCACCGAUUCUGAAGAUGCCCAGGUGAAAAAAAUGAAAGAAAGGAACCAAAGGAUGGAAGAUGAAAUUAAGGAAUCUGAACUUCUCAACAAAAUAAUUAACACUCCAACUAUUACAUCAGCCACAUCUGAAGUCGAUGGACGAUCCAUAUGGGUCGGCAACGUAGACUAUGGGGCUACAUUGAAGGGUUUGAAUAAACACUUUGAACAAUGUGGUUCGAUUCAUACAUGGAACAACAGCCACAGUACCCAGCCUACAGAAGCAGAGGUAGCAACAGGUCAAGAGGGGGAUCUCGUUACAGACCAUAUUGAAGAAACAUUUCCUUCUUUGUGGAUCUUCUCACCCUUUGUCAAUAAUGCGCUAUAUGAAGGAUGA